AUGGCCGUGCGGAGGAAGGCAGGGAGGCAGAUCCCGGUUUCCACAACUGACCAGGACUAUGUUGGACCAGAGCUAUACUGCACCGAGGUGGUUCGGCUGAGCCUGCCGGAGGACCAGAAGAUCAGCGUUACCACCAUCACAGUUGGCCUGAGCACCGUUCUGACGUGCAGCAUCCGCGGGGCUCUGCGGCCUCCCAUCAUCUGGAAGCGCAACGGCGUCAUCCUCAACUUCCUCGACUUGGAGGACAUCAAUGAUUUUGGAGAAGAUGAUUCCCUCUACAUCACCAAGGUAACAACUAUUCACAUGGGCAAUUACACCUGUCAUGCCUACGGCUACGAAGAGCUGUAUCAGACCCACAUCCUUCAGGUGAAUGUGCCACCAGUGAUCCGCGUCUACCCUGAAACGCAGGCGCAAGAGCCCGGCGUGUCGGCAAGCCUCAAAUGUCACGCCGAAGGCAUCCCUAAUCCUCGAAUUACCUGGCUAAAGAACGGCAUUGAUAUCAUGCCAAAACUAUCCAAACAACUAACGCUUCUAGCAAAUGGAAGUGAACUUCAUAUCAGUAGCGUUCGAUAUGAAGACACUGGUGCCUAUACCUGCAUUGCUAAAAAUGAGGUGGGAGUGGAUGAGGACAUAUCUUCACUUUUCAUAGAAGAUUCGGCAAGAAAGACCCGCCUGAGUGUUGGGAAUAUGUUCUAUGUCUUUUCUGAUGAUGGGAUCACAGUCCUUCAGCCAAAUGAAUGUGAAAUCCGGAGACACAUCAGGCCCGAAGAGAGGAUUUUCACGAGUUAUGAAGAGAUCUGUCCUAGAGUGGAAGGUGAAGGCACUCAGUCCUGCGCCUGGGCUUCAGCGGUCAAUGUCAGAGACAAGUACAUUUAUGUGACACAGCCUAAGCAGAAUAGAGUAAUGAUAAUUGAUAUCCAGACUCAGAAAGCCAUACAGUCCUUGGACGUUGACCCGUUACCAACCAAAUUACAUUAUGACAAGUCCCACGACCAAGUGUGGGUGCUUAGCUGGGGUGACAUGAGGAAGUCCUCACCAACGCUGCAGGUAAUACCAGAAGCAAGCGCAGGGGAGGAUCAGCAUGUUAUCCGCACGCCAUUUGAAGGAGUGGAUGAUUUUUUUAUACCACCUACAAAUCUUAUUAUUAAUCACGUUAGGUUUGGCUUCAUCUUUAAUAAAUCGAAAUCUGCAGUUCACAAAAUUGACCUGGAAACUGUGACUCACAUCAAGACUAUCAACUUCAAAAACUAUAGCUGUGUACCGCAGACCAUGGCUUAUACCCACCUGGGCGGUUACUUCUUUGUCCAGUGUAGGAGGAAUAGGUUGGUGGCUGCGUCGCCGCAGCUCGUUAUUGACAGUGUUACCGAUGCCGUCGUCGGCCCCAACAGCGACGUGUCGGGCACACCUUAUAUCUCACCGGACGGACGCUAUUUGGUCAGUGCAGAUGAAGACAGUGGCAGGAUCAGAGUCCAGGCUCUAACUGUCCGAGGGGAAAUCAAGUUGAUUUAUGACUUACAAACAAACAUACACGUAUCUGAUCUGACAUUUCAACCCUCUUUCACUGAAGGCAAUCAGUACUAUAUAUAUGCUACUUCACAUUUGCAAACAGAUGUGCUUUUUGUAGAGCUGUCAACGGGGAAAAUGAAUGUACUGAAGAAUUUAAAGGACCCUAUCACAUCCAAAGACUGGCCCUGGAGCAACUACAACAGAAUUAUGAAAGACAGUGGAUUAUUUGGACAGUAUCUCAUUACACCAGCUAAAGAUUCAUUGUUUGUUAUAAAUGGGAGGCAAAAUACGUUACGCUGUGAGGUUUCAGGUAUAAGGAGGGGUAACACAGUGGUCUGGGUUGGAGAGGUAUGAAAGGGCAAUAGCAGUAGAGCCUUCGGCAGGCAAGUACCGGUUGGACCUUUACACUGCAACAAAGGAGCAGUAGCAUUGUAUAUUUUUACACUGGG